AGUGGACCGGAACAGAAAAGUGUCACCUUGCAUUGGCCGGGAAUCGAACCCGGGCCUCCCGCGUGGCAGGCGAGAAUUCUACCACUGAACCACCAAUGCUCGCGUUUUGGGCGACAUCCCUUAACCUCAUCUCUGUCCCUCGCUCAGUUCCUGGAUGCCAGUCAGGCCCCCGCUGAGUCACCAUUUCGGAAAUAUCGCCUUUAUGUUCCAAGACGGAAAAAUGUUAGGACUCAAAACAGAACAACAAUAACAGAAAACGUAUUUAAAGUCCUGCCUCUGAGGCUCUGUUGGCGCGAUGAUGACACGCCGGCUCUCCCGGCUCAUCAACCAUCCAGGGGGAGCAUUUGUCCUCGUGGGGAGUUGCGACCUUCAAGGGCUUCGGAUCGCGCUUCGGGCGGGCGCGGAGGAGCUGGCCCUUUCCCCUCCACGGCGAGCCAGGAGCGGGUAACCCGCAGGCGGCGCGGCGGCGGGGAUGCCCGGCUCUUGGAGGCCCAGCCUGGCCGCCCCGAGUCCUGCCGGCUCGGGCGUCCGACGCGUCCCGGGGCCGCGAGAAACCACGGCCACCGCCACAGCAGAGAAGCGGCCGUGCGCACCGACCACGUGCUCGUGGGUCGGCGUCCUGCAGGGAGGCCGGGGGGCGGCCGUCGCGCACGACUCGGACACGCGCCCCGCGCCCGGCCAGGCGGCCUGCACGACCGCGCGCGGCUGGGGCGCGCGCAGCUAAGCGCCGGGCGCACCACCGGGUUGGACGCCACGCGCGCCGGUUCGCGGACGCGGCGGUGCUGGCGGACCCGCAGCACUGGCCCUUCCAGGGCCCGAGGGCCGGCGGCCGGGCCUGGGCGCGCGUGUCCCAGCGCCGGCAGGACGCCGCCUCCUACCCCGAGGGGGCCUCGUCCCCGGUGCGCGGCCGGGUGCAGGAGACUGCUCACCGCGCCCGCCCACCUCAGGGACCCGCAGCGCCAGGGCGCCAAGGACGCCGAUGCCAUCGCGGGGCGCCACGGGCUGCGGAUCGUCAACAAGCCCACGGGGGCCACCGUCCCCGGCCGGCUGACCCGCGGGCGCCAGGGAGCAAAACGCGCCCAUUUUCGACCUGGCUGGGGGCACCUUGGACAGUAUGCGUUCUCACUAUCGACGCCGGUGUCUCCGAGGUUUCUGAGGCUGGGCGGAGAGGACUCGGACCACAGGCUGGCGAGCCGCUCGGUGAAGGAGUUCCGACGGAAGCCCGGGAAGGCCUUGAGCGGGGACACGUGGGCCUUGCACAGGCUUCGCCCAGCCUGUGGCAGCACCGAGUGUACCCUGACUUCCUGCACCCAGGCCACUCUGUUUGAGAGUGUUGAUCGUACACGUCCAUCCCUCGAGGCUGGUUUGAGGAGCUGUGCUUGGAUCUUUACCGCAGCCCCUGGACAGGGCGAGGAAGGCCAGGUCCAUGACUGUGCUCUGGUGGGCUGAUCCCCACCCCGCACCCGCAAGGGACAGAACUUGUUACAGGACUUCUCUGGAGAACAAGAGUAUCAAGGCCCUUGAGGCUGUGGCUUUGGGGCCGCUGGGCAGACCGCUGUGCUGAUGGGGGACAAGUGUGUGACAGUGCAGGGUCUCCUGUUGCUGGACACGGCUCCCCUUUCCCUGGGGCUGGGGACAGCAGGUGGGUGAGGACCACACUGCUCCAGAGGCGUCCCACCAUCCCUACCAAACAGACCAGAUUUUGACCAUCUACUCAAACCACCAGCCCCGGGCACUGACCCCGGUGUGAGGGUGAGAGGGCCAUGACCAGAGACAACAACCUCCUGAGGCAUUGUGAGCUCAGUGGCCCCCCUCCCGCUCCACGUGGAGUCCCCCCCCAUCAAGGCGACCUUGGACAUCGGAGCCAAUGGCACCCUGGGAGUGCAGCCCCUCCCCCCCCCCC